GCAGUGGGUCUUAUUGAUAUUGAUUUGAUUCUUCGAUUUCGUACUGUACGAAAGAAAAGUCGCUUGACACUAACACAGUUCCUUAUGUUGAAUCUAAUUACAAGCUAUGAACUGAUAGAAGAAGAACUCAGAUCGAGUUAUCAUCCACAAAACGUAUUCUGUUAUGCUAUAGAUCACAAAGCGAAGGAAGACUUCACGCAGAAGAUUGAAAAACUCUCAAAAUGCCUGCCCAAUGUGUUAGUUCCUAACACGCGAUACUCUAUUGGAAGGACCGGAAUCAACGGGACUCGGGCACAUUACGAAUGUUUGAAGGCACUUAUGAGGAUCUGGAGUUCUCUCUCAGCUAUUCACGACAGUGGAUUUCAGAAUUACGACAUCAUGAUUAAAAGUGUUUAUGAGACCGUUUCAAUUCUGCAAAAACUCGGUGGAGCAAAUGAUGUCCACGUGAGACCAUGCGAAAGUUAUCGCUAUAAUCAGUCCUUAGAAUGGGAUGUUCAAUCACUGAAAUUCUUCCGAAACGGUGCGCUUUCGGUCCUAGGAGUUGAUGAAGUUCUCAUUCCAACGCUGCAAGUGAGUGAUAGCAUCGACAUGCCGGGAAGAUUUACAGCGGAAUGUGUGCAGAAAGGAAAAGUCAUUGGCUUUAUAACGAGGUCAGUUUACUCGGCAAAGGUAAAAAUAUUUAAAAAAUGGAACCAGAAGUGCGACCAACGGAUGAGGCAUUUCACCCUAAACCCUACCAAAGGAAAGAGGCUCACCAAGAAAUGUUCUAGUACCGGCUAG